AUGCCUCUAAAGAGCAGCUGCUUGGUCAUAGAGACUGGUACACUUUUUGAUGUCACUGUGCACAAUUUUGUUCCUGAUGAUUCAGACUCAGUUAUAAUUCAAGAUGUUAUUGAAAAUGUUCUUAUUGAAGAUGUUCACUGCUCACAUAUUUUAGAGGACACAGAUAUAUCUGACAAUGUCAUUAUUCCCGAGCAAGUGCUCGAUUUAGAUACAGCUGAAGAAGCAUCGUUAGCACAGUUCUCAAUUCCAGACAUUUUAGCUUCCAGUAUUACAUCAACCUCACUGACAAUGCCUGAACAUGUCUUGAUGAGUGAAGCUAUCCAUGUGUCUGAUGUAGGACAUAUUGAACAAGUGAUUCAUGAUAGCCUUGUAGAAACAGAAGUCAUCACUGAUCCUCUGACAGCCGACAUUUCAGAAAUACUGGUAGAUUACAGAGGGGAACAAAUACUUAAGUCAAACACUGAGCAAUCUAGCCAGCCCUCCUCAUCUCAGUAUAUAUUAAUUUCCUAUUUAGUGGAUGAUGCUGGCAAAACAGAUAAUGAAGGUUCCUCUGAACUUACCAUGAAUGCAGAAUCAGAAACUGAUCCUUAUAAAUUGGAUGGAACAUUUCCUGAAGUUAUCAAGGUGUACAUUUUUAAAGCUGACCCUGAAGAGGACGAUGUAGGAGAAACUGUAGAUGUAGUAGAGAGUGAGACAGAUAAUGGCAAUGAAGCUGAAGUGGUUGAUCAGAGCAGCAGUAUUCAUGUUUCCAGAGACAACAUUUAUACGCCAGACAGUGAUUCUCAGAAGGAAGAAGAAGAUACUAGUAAGUAG